UGUGCUGUUCUCUCCACGCACGAUCUCCCUCGUAUCCAAUACAAUGCAUUGGAUGAGAUACUGUGGCAGAAUACUUCGUGGACAAUGUUUUGGGAGAAAGAUAUUUGGAUUUUACCCAUUCAUCACCCCUUGCCAGUUGUACACUGGGUAUUUUGUGCAAUCUAUAUUCAAACUAAGGAACUUCACCUCUUUGACAGCUGUGGA